AUAUUGGUUUCCAUUUGUUUGAACUAAAACGUUCGAUCGAAUUAACACCGCACCCUGCUGCAUACAUAAUACUGCUCUUUGUACUCACAGCCAAGCUUCUUCUUCUUCUUCUUCAUAGCUUUCGACGCAGAAAUGGUCAUCGGGAGUUCUUCAUUUAGGAUAAUUCUGGGUUCAGCUUCAAUGGCUCGUCGGCGAAUCUUAGCCGAGAUGGGCUAUGAGUUCACUGUCAUGACUGCAGAUAUUGAUGAGAAAAGCAUUAGGAAAGAAAAGCCAGAAGACCUGGUGAUGGCCCUAGCUGAAGCAAAGGCAGAUGCCAUUAUGUCGAAAAUUCAAACCGCAAAUCAUGUGAAGGAUGAUUCUCGUGAUACAUUGUUAAUUACAGCAGAUACAGUUGUGGUGUACCAAGGGAUUAUCAGAGAAAAACCAUCAAGCAUAGAAGAAGCUUAUCAGUUCAUUAAAGGUUACUCGGGUAGUCAUGCAGCAGUUGUCGGAUCCAUCUUUAUGGUGAACUUAAAGACGGGUGUCAAAAGAAGUGGAUGGGAAAAAGCCGAGGUAUAUUUUCAUGAUAUACCAAAUGAAAUAAUUGAAAAUCUGAUAGAAGAGAGGAUUACAUUCAAUGUUGCCGGAGGUUUGAUGCUCGAACAUCCAUUGAUAUCGCCCUUUAUUGAUUCUGUGGUUGGAACUACAGAUUGCGUUAUGGGGCUUUCUAAAGAGCUCACAUCUAAACUAAUUCAAGAAAUCGUCGAAUAACACACGAAUUGAUCAUCAUCGACCUAAUCAACUGCGAUGAUUAAUUGAUCAAUCUCUUUGUUUGGUAUUGACUAGUAGUGUUUCUUCUUCAGACUAACUCAUUGUCACUUUUUUCUGUAAACAUAUAUGAUUUCUUGGGGUAUACAGCUACUAAUCUACAGUGACUAAAAAUUUUAAUUUCCAGGA